UAAGCAGAUGAGAGGCUGACAAACUCCUAUCUAUCUGGGUGCUUCAGCUAAGGUGCUCCAUACCUUCCUCCGGAGCGGUCCCGCCGGCCUCCUGCCCGUCCUCCAGAGGGUUCCCAUUGCGGCCUGCGUUGGCCUCCAGUCCGUAGUCCAGAGGUGUCUCACCAUCCUCCAGCCCGUCCUGCAGCCCGUCCUCCGAUGCUGUCUCGCAACUUCCAGGCCGUCCUUCGGAGCUGCCUCAUCAUCCUCCGGAGCUAUUCCGCCGUCCUCCUGGCCGUCCUCCAGAGUUCCCUCGCCUUGGCCUCCGCCCAUGCCUCCAGCCUCCGGAGUUCCCUCGCUGUGGUCUACACCCCUGUCUCAGUCCCCCGGAGUUCCAUCACCGUGGUCUACGCCCAUGUCUCCGACCCCCUCGGUUCCCAUGCCACAAGCCCUGUCCAUGUCUCAUCAUCUGCCUUGCCCCCGGGCCGUCCGCGUGAGAUACCCUUCUCGUCCUCUGCCUUGCCCCCGGGCCGUCCGCCCGAGAUACCCUUCUCGUCCUCUGCCUUGCCCCCUUGUCGUCCGCCCGAGAUACCCUUCUCGUCCUGUGCCUUGCCCCCAGGCCGUCCGCCCGAGACACCCUUCUCGUCCUCUGCUUUGCCCCCGGGUCGUCCGCCCGAGACACACUUCUGUUCUCUGACUGGCCCCCGGGCGGCCACCCCUCCCCAACUGUGGCUUGUGUUGUGAUAAGUGUCUUUAUUUAGUGUUGCUUUCCCUUGUGUUCUUAGUGAAUUCUUUGUCGUCCUUCACGUACGUACCAAGUGAAGUAUUUAUCAUGUCCCGGAUUUCCCUAAAGUUUGUAUUUUUGUU